AUGUCUGAGAUAGCGGUAAGUGGUGUCCUGGUUCGAGAGGAAGAAGGUUUAGAACUGGCUAAGAGCUUGGGAGCCGAAAUCAUAGAGGCCAAGUGCGAUUCUCUCCUGGUGGUCAACCAAGUGAAUGGAACAUUCAAAGUCAAGGACGACCGAAUGCAGAGAUACCUAGAAAAACUGCAAGUAGUCCUUCGCCGGUUCAAGGAAUGGACAUUGGAACAUGUGUCUCGAGAUCAAAGUAAUGAGGCAGAUGCCCUUGCAAACUUGGGAUCAUCGGUAGAAUCGGAUAGGUUCAAUUCUGGAACUGUGGUGCAGUUGAUGAGAUCGGUCAUCGAGACCGGUCACGCCGAGCACAGGCACUCGAAAAGGUCAAGGAGAAAGAAGUUAUUGAUUUCAUAUAUGACCAUUUGUCGAUUCGGGGUACCAGUGGAAAUCGCAUGCGAUAACGGGAAGCAGUUUAUAGGCAGCAAGCUCAGCAAUUUUUUCGAAGAUUACAAGAUCAAGAAGAUCUUGUCCACCCCAUAUCACCCAAGCGCGAACGGCCAUGCUGAAUCUACCAAUAAGAUUAUACUGCAGAAUCUAAAGAAAAGACUAACCGACUGUAAGCACCGGUGGAAAGAGGUUCUGCCCGAGGUUUUGUGGGCCUACCGCACGACGGUAAGAUCAAGUACCGAGGAAAUUUCGUUCUCCUUGGUAUACGGAGCCGAGGCUCUAAUACCCGUCGAAGUUGGUGAACCAAGCUUAAGAUUCCAAUAUGCCACUGAAGACUCGUAUCAUGAAGCAAUGUCUGCUAGUCUGAAUCUCGUGAACGAAAAGAGGGAAGCUGCUUAUAUCUGGAUAGCCGCACAAAAACAAAGGAUGCAAAGAUAUUAUAACCGAAGGGCUAACUUUAGGCACUUUCAGAUUGGAAACUUGGUGCUGAGGAAAGUCACACUCCACACCAAGAACCCCACGAAGGAAAAUUAUCCCCGAACUGGGAAGGGCCAUAUCGAGUCACAGGCAUAA